UCCAUAUAGGCUUUUACGGCCUCCACGAAAUUUUCUCUACGGACUUGGAAGCCGGGUUUUUCCCGAUGAACAUAAACCCUAAUCUUCUCCCUUCAAUUAGCCGGAGCUGACCAGGUGUGUUCUCCGAUCAUCUUCUUCUUUUUUUACUGCUCUAUUUUCCCCUAAAGCUUCGCUAUCCAUGUUCGCACAUUUCAUUCUUCCGCACAGAGCUUACUUUUCUGUUAAAUCUGAAUUUUGGGGUAAGAAUUUGGAUUUUCGGAACAGAAAUGAUAGUUUUAGUGAUAAUUCAAGAAAAUCUCAUGUGUAUUUUCAACCGAUUAGAGCUGGUGUGAAAUGGAGGAAGGAGCUUCCGUUUGAUAAUGUAAUACAGAGGGAUAAGAAGCUGAAAUUGGUUACUCGGAUUAGGAAGAUUCUAGUUCAGCAUCAUGAUAAUGUUAUGUCACUUAGGGGUUUGGGUAAAUUCAGGAGAGAUUUAGGUGUACAGGAAAAGACGAGGCUAAUUGAGUUGUUGAAGAUGUUCCCUGCAGUAUUUGAGAUUGUAGAAGAAGAAGCGUUUUCUUUGAAAUUUAAAUUGACGGAAGAGGCUGAAAGGUUGUACUUCGAGGAGCUGAAGAUCAGAAAUGAAAUGGAAGGUUUGUUGGUUACUAAGCUGAGGAAGUUACUGAUGAUGUCUGCUGAUAAGCGAAUAUUGUUGGAGAAAAUUGCACAUUUGAGGACUGAUUUUGGUCUUCCUUCCGAGUUUCGUGACACGAUUUGCCAUCGUUAUCCUCAGUACUUUAGAGUUGUGGCAACCGAGAGCGGUCCAGCUCUCGAAUUGACACACUGGGAUCCUGAACUUGCUGUUUCUGCAGCAGAGUUAGCCGAGGAGGAGAACCGAGCUAGAGAAUUGGAAGAGAAGAAUUUGAUUAUUGACCGACCGCUGAAGUUUAAUCGAGUGAAGCUACCUAAGGGGCUUAAGCUUUCGAAGAAUGAGAUGAGGAAAAUGAAUGAGUUUAGGGACAUUCCUUAUAUCUCUCCGUAUUCUGAUUUCUCAGGGAUUAAGGCAGGUACACCCCAGAAAGAGAAACAUGCUUGUGGGGUUGUUCAUGAGAUUUUAAGCCUUACACUCGAGAAGAGAACUCUUGUUGAUCAUUUCACUCAUUUCCGGGAGGAGUUUAGAUUCUCCCAGCAGUUGAGGGGGAUGCUAAUAAGGCAUCCCAAUAUGUUUUAUGUCUCGUUGAAAGGGGAUAAAAACUCGGUUUUCCUCAGAGAAGCAUAUCGCGAUUCUCAGUUGAUCGACAAAGAUCGGUUGUUAAUCAUAAAGGAGAAGUUUCGAGGUCUUGUGGCUGUUCCUCAAUUCAAAGGCAGAGGAGCUCCCGAAAGUGACACGGAUUGGCGAGAAACCAAUCAUGGAGAUGAUAUGAGAGGUGAAGAAUGGUCUGAUGUCGACGAUGACGAUGAUGAAUUCGACAACGAUGGUGAGGAUGACUGGAUUGAUGAACAGAUCAAUAACUUAGAAAUGGCUGAUCAGAGGCUUCUUUCUCCUCCUGCAUUACCCGAUGGACGGCCCCAAGAAAGAUGGUGAGGGGUAUGAACUUGUAUAUUUAUGCAUAUUGUUUACUCAAAUAUAUUAUGUGCAUAUUGUUUACUCUUUGAAUUUCACUUCGGUUUGUAAACAUUAGGUAGGUUUCGAUACGAGUUUGGAUGCCAUCGGAGAUUAAAUUUAAGCAUUGCCUUUACAUUGCUUACUGUUAACAUAUUGGAUAAAAUUUUUGGUUAAAUACUAAAUUUAGUCCUUCAAUCUUAGAAUUGUGUUUUAGUUAGAUGUAAUUAUGGUCUGCAUUGAUAGAAAAAUUGAAGUAAAGCUUGCAUAUCUAUGAUGCUGAGGACAUAGAGACAAUGGUGAAAUGGGUUGAGCGACCUCUUGGUGGAUAUAUGGACCUCAACCACACAACCAUGUCCUUUCAUGUACAAAGAGUUAAAAAUAAGGUCUUUGUAAUACUCAAGUUAGAUAAGGAUGUUCGAGAAAAGUAAAGAGACUUCGGGGAAGUUCAAGAGAUUUAAGUAUGGUUUAAGGGGUCCAAGAAAAGAUAUUUUUAAUGAUCUAGCAAGGUUUUAAAAGAAACUAAAGAGUAGUUUAAUGUAAGGUUUUGUAUAUGAUACGCAAAAAUAGAAUCUCUAGGAAUAUAAUGUCUAGCAAAAAAGUCCCUGGAAAAUCUUGAAUUUGCAAAAAGAGGUCACUGACCAGAAAAUCUACAGCAUAUAUGGUUUUAGAAUGAGUCAGCAGCAAUGAAAAUCCAACAAUCAGAAUGGGAGUCCAUAAAUUUCAAGUUCUAAUUCAGACUAGUUCUUCACGAAACAAAACAAGGAUCUGGGUCCAUUAUUCACUCCAUGGAAUCGAUUGUUGGAUAUUCUCCAGACAAAAGUCAGAAUAUGGUUCUUACGGGUUUAACAAAGCAUAUGCCAAUUACAAAAACUGCUUUUUUAUUAGGUACCCUUUGUUCUUGAUGAAACAAGGUCAGUACAAGCUUAUUCUCUCUUUUAAAUAAGGAAGUAUAUAAAUUAGAGUUGAAUGAGAUUUAAAUCACACCAUGUUGAUCAAACCAAUUUAAAACCACGAACCAAACUGAUUUAAAUGUUGAACCAACCUACUACACUGUCAUCUGUGCGUGCUUAGGAUUUCCUUCUCUAUUGGCUUCGUGUGGUGAUUUAGUGAUUCAGGUGCCAAAAUUGCUUAGUGAACGAAAUAUAAUUGUAAAGCUACAAUGGUAGUGGUCAAGAUACGACGAUGAGCAUGAUGCAGUAGUCAAUUUAAUAUCAGCUAAGUCGAGGCUUAGAGACUCGAGAAAAAAAAA